GUAAUGAUGGCGAGAGAAGUGAGAGAAAGAGCAGAGCAUUAAAUGCAGACAUGUUUGUAUUGACUGUCGUAGUAAAUGAGAAGACAAGGAAAUAGAUGAGAUGGGUUUUGUGUAACUAUUAACUCUCCAGAAAGAGAAAGAGAGAGAGGAAAAAAAAAAGAAAAAAAGAAGAAAAUUGUGGUUGGUGUUAGAUUACUGAUAGUGGGCGAGGAGUUGUUGGAGAGCCUUCUGUGUAAUCUGCUCGACUCUCGUGAUUUUGUAUUUAUAAUAUCUCUCUCUCUGUUUCGUUACAAAAAAAUUUUCAUUUUUGUUUCUGAACUGGGUAUUUUUUGCUUUGAAUCUUUGGGGAAUGCUGAAUUCUUGAUACCCAAGUUUUGGUUUUUGGAGGCGAAAAGAAAAGAUGGGUCUUUGGUGGGGUUGAAAAGAAAGUGGGGUUUUGUUUAUUUUAAUGGAGAUUUCCAAAUUCGGAUUGAAGAUUAGCCCAUUUCAUACUAAUUUAUGAACUCUUCGAGAAUGCUAAAAGUUUUGGGUUCUCUCUGAUCGCAUUUAAAAGGUGGUAAAGUUAAAUGCUUCCUCAACAUGGCUGGCUAAAGUUUGCGGUGGGACUGAAUCUAUUAAAGCUCAGAAUUUGAUUUUCAAACCGAAAAAAAAAAAGCAAGAGUUUGAUCUCUGCCUUUUGCUUUUCUCCAUUUCAUGGGUUUGAAACUGAUUUCGCCUUUACUUGGGGUUAGGCUUCUUUGUACUUGGUUACAGACUAGUUUCUUUUAAGUGAGAAAGAGAGAAAGAGAGAGAAAGAUAAGAACGCAACAAACAAGAGAAGCAUUCAUGCAUCUUUCACUAUGGAAGCCAAUAUCUCACUGUGCGGCUCUAAUAAUGGAGAAGAAGACAAGAAGGGGAGACGGUUCUGGUUUGACCGAGGACGGCAGGAGAAGAUCAAAGCCCUCAAUUCUCCGCCAAUUGCAAGAAAACAAGCUCAGGGAGGCUCUUGAGGAGGCAUCCGAAGACGGGUCUCUAGUGAAAUCCCAAGACAUCGAUUCCGAGACCCCGAAUCAAGAUGACAACAACCCAAACAGCAGAAGCUUUGGGCGGUCUAGGUCUCUUGCGAGACUCCAUGCCCAGAAGGAGUUUCUCCGCGCCACCGCGCUCGCCGCCGACCGAAUCUUCUCGUCGGAGGACUCAAUUCCCAGUCUCAAUGAUGCCUUCUCCAAGUUCCUCACAAUGUACCCCAAGUUUCAAUCUUCCGAGAAGAUUGAUUACUUGAGAUCAGACGAGUAUGGCCAUCUUUUCGAGACCUUUGCAAAGGUAUGUCUUGAUUACUGUGGCUUUGGGCUGUUUUCAUAUCUUCAGACUCAGCAAUAUUGGGAGUCAUCAGCAUUUACUUUGUCUGAGAUAACUGCGAAUUUGAGUAACCAUGCUUUGUAUGGAGGUGCUGAGAAAGGCACUGCGGAACAUGAUAUUAAGACUAGGAUUAUGGACUAUUUGAACAUCCCUGAGAAUGAAUAUGGCCUUGUUUUUACUGUUAGUAGAGGGUCUGCCUUUAAAUUGCUUGCUGAGUCUUACCCUUUUCAAACGAAUAAGAAGUUGUUGACGAUGUUCGACCACGAGAGCCAGUCUGUGAGUUGGAUGGCUCAGAGUGCGAAAGAGAAAGGCGCCAAGGUUCAAAGUGCCUGGUUUAAAUGGCCAACCUUGAAGCUUUGCUCUAGGGAGCUGAGAAAGCAAAUUACAAACAAGAGGAGGAGGAAGAAGGAUUCUGCCGUCGGGCUUUUCGUAUUUCCCGUUCAGUCUAGAGUAACCGGGGCCAAGUACUCGUACCAGUGGAUGGCACUAGCUCAACAAAAUAACUGGCAUGUGUUGCUUGAUGCUGGUUCAUUGGGUCCUAAAGACAUGGAUUCACUUGGGCUUUCUCUAUUCCGGCCAGAUUUUAUUAUCACUUCGUUUUAUAGAGUAUUUGGCUCUGACCCAACUGGAUUUGGCUGCCUUCUGAUUAAGAAAUCUGUUAUGGGAAGUCUGCAAAGUCAAGGUGGGUGUACCGGGUCUGGAAUGGUGAGGAUUGUACCAGUUUUCCCGCAGUACCUUAGUGAUUCCAUUGAUGGUCUCGAUGUUUUAGCUGGAAUUGAGAAUGAUACAGUCAAUGGUAAUGAGGAAUUGUUGCCUGAAACGCAAGGGGGGUCUCAGAUGCCCGCCUUUUCGGGUGUCUUCACUUCCAACCAGGUUAGGGAUGUGUUUGAGACAGAGAUGGAUCAGGAUAACAGCUCAGAUAGGGAUGGGGCGAGUACCAUAUUUGAGGAGGCUGAUAACAUCUCAGUUGGAGAGGUUAUGAAGAGUCCAAUUUUCAGCGAGGACGAGUCAUCGGAUAACUCUUUCUGGAUUGAUUUGGGUCAGAGUCCAUUUGGGUCGGAUAAUUCUGGCCAAUUGAUGAAACAGAAAUCAGGGUCACCCUUGCCGCCGUCAUGGUUUUCUAGGAGGAAAGCUAGGCGUGACUCUCCGAAGGCAACAGCAAAAAUGCCAAAAAGCCCAUUGUAUGAUGACAGGAGGGUGAAUCUUAGACCGAAUGAAGAUCCCAUUAUGUCUUUUGAUGCAGCUGUAUUGUCAGUGUCACAGGAGGCUGACCGUAUUAAAGGGAUUCCCGAAGAGGAGCAGUUGGAAGAAACCGAAAGACGAUAUGCAGGGGAGAUUCAAGAUGAACCUGAAGCCAGAGCACACUCGACUCCAGCGCAUUCCAAGUUAAGUUCUGGUGACGAUGGAUUCAGGCCAGAGAACCAGUCUUCUAUUCAGCAAAGUACUCUUGACAGGUCCUUAACAUCCGAAAUUUGCCAAGAAUCCAAGGAUAGUGCUAUAAGGAGAGAAACAGAAGGCGAGUUCAGAUUGUUGGGAAGAAGGGAAACAAAUAGAUUUGCUGGUGGUAGGUUUUUUGGUUUGGAAGAGAGUGACCAGGAUGCAAGCAUGGGAAGCAGGAUAUCCUUCAGCAUAGAAGACAGUCGCAGAGGAAACUUGAGUCGUACGCUGGAGCCCGGGGAAACAUCUCUUACCAACCCAGGAGAUUACGACUCAAUGAGUGACAGCGAGUAUGGCGAUGAGCAAGAGUGGGGGAGGAGGGAGCCCGAGAUUAUCUGCCGGCAUCUUGAUCACAUCAACAUGUUGGGUCUGAACAAGACUACCCUUAGACUUCGGUAUCUCAUCAAUUGGCUUGUUACCUCUCUACUUCAACUUCGGUUACCCGACAGUUCAAAUGAAAACGUUGGAUUGCCUCUUGUGCAAAUAUAUGGACCUAAGAUCAAGUACGAAAGAGGUGCUGCUGUGGCUUUCAAUGUGAGAGAUUGCAGCGGAAGAGGAGGGCUAAUUCACCCGGAAGUUGUACAGAAGUUGGCUGAGAAAAAUGGCAUUUCUCUCGGCAUUGGCAUACUUAGUCAUGUACGAGUAGUAGAUAGCCCAAAACAGCAAUGUGGAGCUUGGGACCUUCAAGACACAUCUUUGUGCAAGCCAAUGGCUAAUGGCAGGCAAGAUGGAAAGGGAGCGUUCUUUCGCGUAGAAGUCGUUACUGCGUCGCUCAGUUUUCUAACCAACUUUGAGGAUGUCUAUAAGAUGUGGGCUUUCGUCGCCAAGUUUCUUGAUCCUUCUUUUGUUGAAGUUGGGGAUGGAUUAUCCACAGUCCCUGAAGAUUCAGAAUCCUAAGAGUGGGAUUUUUCAGACCGGAUGGUUUUUUUAUCUGCCAUUGAUCUGUCCAUUUGGCUAUACCUUGUGAGCAGAAGGAUUUAUUUGUUUAUUCUUGCUUCUUUUUCAUCUUCGAAUGUAUUUUUUGUCAUCACUUGUAUUUGUAGAGUUUGCCUAAAUAGUCAAAACAUAUCAGU